CAAUCCUUUAUCUCCAAUGACAAUUGUCAACAUGAUUCAGCCAUAAAUUCCAGCCCUUUUGCUGGCCGACAUUAGGCACCUUGUCAAGUGUCUUCAUUACUUGAUCAUCAUGGGGCAGGAUGCAUCGUCUGCACCCAAGAGUGGGCGUCCCAACUUUCUUGUCAUCGUCGCCGAUGACCUGGGAUUCUCUGAUGUAGGGACAUUUGGAGGAGAGAUCAAGACCCCCAACAUUGACCGGCUGGCGGAAGAGGGAAUCAGGUUUACCGACUUUCAUGCAGCGGCUGCUUGUUCUCCCACUAGAUCAAUGUUACUGUCUGGCACAGAUAAUCACAUUGCAGGUCUUGGGGCCAUGGUUGAGUCUCUACAAGAGUUUCAGAAAGGACAACCUGGGUAUGAAGGCUACCUCAAUGACAGGGUAGCUGCUUUACCAGAACUACUCCGGGAUGCAGGCUAUCUGACUCUGAUGUCGGGCAAGUGGCAUCUCGGCAUGACACCAGACCGUUAUCCGUCGCAGAGAGGCUUUGAUCGAUCUUUUGCUCUACUUCCUGUAGGUUCUGUCUUUUUCAGCCGUCGGGCAGCAGCUGACAAUCCGCGGGGUGCUGCCAAUCAUUAUGGCUUCGAGCCUCAGGUCGAAGAAAAGACCCCCGGUAUCCUGGCUAGAAAUAGUUCUUUCUAUGUCGAAGAUAACACCAUCAUCGAGCCCAAAGACCUACCUCCAGGUUUUUACUCUUCUGAGUCGUUUACCAGCAGGUUAUUAGAAUACUUUGAAGAACGUGACGAGACCCAGAAGCAACAGCCGUUUUUCGCUUACCUUCCGUUCUCCGCGCCGCAUUGGCCACUGCAAGCUCCGGAGGACGACUGUCAGCACUAUCGCGGGGUAUAUGAUGACGGUCCUGAUGCAUUGAGGACGAAACGUCUUGCGAGCCUUGAGAAACUUGGCAUCAUUGCGCCUGAUACCAAACCUCACGAUGUCAUCACGCCGGCUGUCGACCGUCCACUCACAAAGGAGUGGGAGGUCUUGAGCGACGCCGAGCGCAAUUUCUCCUCUCGCACCAUGGAAACAUUCGCAGGUAUGGUGCACAAUAUGGACAGACAAAUCGGCCGGGUCAUCUCGUAUCUGAAGUCAACACGUGAGUUGGACAAUACCUUGAUCCUCUUCAUGUCCGACAAUGGAGCGGAAGGCUUGUUGCUGGAAGCGUAUCCCGUGGUGACGGAAAAUAUCUUUGACUACAUCGACCGAUAUUAUGACAACAGUCUCGAUAACGUCGGACGAUUCAACAGCUACGUCUGGUAUGGGCCUCGUUGGGCAUCAGCAGCGACAGCCCCGUCUCGGCUGUACAAAUGUUUCUCCUCGGAGGGCGGAAUACGCGUACCAUUCAUUCUGAGGUACCCAGCCCUGACGUCCUGCCGGGCAGGCAAAGUCGACCCUUCCUUCGCAACAGUCAUGGACAUCAUGCCCACCAUGUUGGACCUCGCCAAGGUUUCGCAUCCAGGUGACAGGUAUAGGGGACGUGCCGUUGUGCCCAUAAGAGGGAAAUCGUGGGUGCCUUAUCUGUCUGGUCGUGAUCAGGAGUACAUCCACGACGAGCAGACUGUCAUGGGAUGGGAAUUGUUUGAUCGUCAAGCUCUUCGCAAAGGCAAAUGGAAGGCUGUCAUGAUUCCAGCGCCUUAUGGACCGGGUAAGUGGCAGCUCUAUGAUUUGAGUACGGAUCCAGGAGAGACCGAUGACCUGGCAAACCAAGAGCCUGAGAAGCUACAAGAGCUACUCAGGCAUUGGGAUGAAUAUGCCAAAGAAGUUGGUAUUGCUGGCGCGGCACCACAGUAUGGAACUCUCAAGAUCGGCGACUAAAAGCCUAGAUCUUGCUCCGCUACUUUGACCGAUAUUGCGAAUUUCUGGAAACCCCUCGGCGGCGACGACAGCGUGUUUCAGCCGUGGAUCAGGAGGGUGACCGACAUCUUGACUCAGCCUGAUCCUUAUCUGAAAGGCAGACACAGCUUUUUACUUGCGCCGUCAUCAUACUCAUGGGAAUUUUGCGGAGCCCGUGGGACUAUGAGGGGUAAACUGGCAGAUAUCCGUGGAUGC